CGUUGCGAUCUCCACCAAUAGCGUGACUGCAGAGGCGGGGCCAGGAGUCUGUGAAGUGUUGGCAACAGGUUGUGCUGUUGGCAGCAGCAGUGGGGUUGAUUUUUUUUCUUCUUCUUCUUCUUCUUCCCCUCUUUCUCAGUUUUGUUGUGAGGAAGGAGCAUCUAAUUCAACCGAAGAGUGUGAGCAGAGGAGACUCAGAGUGAGAAGGUAGCUCUGGACUUCCGGGUCUGGACUCUGGAUUAUUGUAGCAGGUUGAGCUGAAGAAGAGUCAAAGCUGUUCAACACAGACACCACCAAGUGACUAUGACCACUGUCUCCAAUGAUAAGAAGAUGCUGGUGGACUAUGGCGUCCAGAUCCGCUUCAUCAAGGACCUGGACGACACGGGAGGAGGUUUCUCUGACAGAUAUAAAACAAACGGUCCAAGUCCUGCUUCCAACAAAUACGGCGUAGCAGUACGAGUGCAGGGAAUCUCUGGACAUCCAUACGUAGUUCUAAAGGAUGGUGAGAAAGGGGACUCCUAUGGAGUCCAGCUGAACACCCCCACCUCCAGCUCCAGCUCUGGAUCCCCGUCCCCUUUCAACAGUCUAACUAAACCUACUAAAGUACCAGCUGAGUUUACAAACCCUUACAGCUCUGCUGCAAACACAGCUCGCUCUCCUGUGUCUCCUGUGUCUCCUGUGUCUCCUGUGUCUCCUGCGGAGGAGGAGAUUGGGGAGAUUUUUGGGAGUCCCCUAAAGCGCCCCCCAGGUGAUGGUCAGGCGGGGACACAAGGGGAGGAAGAGGCUAGAGCUGGGAGACAAGCAAAGGUAGAAAAGGAGAAAGUGGUGCCACAACUCAAACCAACGUCUGUGAAAGUGGAAAACGGCAAAGAUUGGACAAAGAACGAUGAGUUCAAUGAAGCCGGGCUGAGGCGCGUCAAGUUAAACAGUGUAGGACCAAAGGGGUUUAAACCAAGUACGUCUGGUGUCAACACCUCUUUGGGCAGAUAUGGUGGGACCAAGUCCUUCUUAAAGUCCUUUUCAGAAGCUGCAGAUAAGGAGCAGACUCCAACUGUUGAUACCAAAUCUCUGUCUCCCAUCAACAAACUCAUCACUAAGUUUGAUGCAGGAACGACAAGUGCAGCGCCACAGACCAGAGGUCGCUCUGGAGCCAGGCAGAGGCUCAGAUUUGAUGAACGCAAGCGAUCCAGAAGUCUUGAUGCCAGGAGUGAGCCUCAGCCGGAGGUCCCGUUACCCCCGCCCCCGCCCCCGGCUGUCAACCCCUACGCUCCUCUGUCUACAUCAUCUACUUCGUUAAGCAGCAGUUUGGGAAAGAUCUCUGCAUUUGCCCCCAAGGUUUCUGCACCUCAGGCUCCAAAGACGAACUUCACGUCACAGGAGACGUUUGUUACCAAGAACUUUUCUCUUCCUGUAACUAAGAAGCCUGUAAGUACCACUGCUGAGCCGUCUCUGAGGAGCAAAACCACUGAGGUGAUCGCUGGAGAAGAACCACAGGUCAGGAACCCUGUUUUGAACACCGGCACAGACAGCAGUGAAAGUCAAGGAUUCCUCAGAAGGAAGUUCAGCUCUGAAAACACAGCACCGGGCAGUUUGAAGAAGGGAGGAUCUGACGGGAGCCUCCCAAAGUCUAAACCUGAGGAGCUUCAGGAGCAACUCCAACGUUGCAAGAGAGAUCUGCUGCAGGCUCACGAUGAACUGGCCCAGGAGCGAAUGUCCAGAGAACUCUCUGAGUCUCGUCAGCGGCUGCAGGAAGAUCAGCUGGCCGAGCUUCAGGAGGAGCUGAGGAGGUUCUCAGAGAGCUCUCCUUACUCCGGCUCACUGCACACGGAUGUGAUGACUCUGCAGGCCGAGCUGGCUGAAGCCGCCCUGUUGCGUCAGCGGCAGGAGGACACGCUCCACCAGAGGGAGCGGGAGCUGGUGGCGUUGAAGGGAGCUCUGAAGGAGGAGGUGGAGUGUCAUGACAAGGAGAUGGAGGCUCUGAGGGAGCAGUACGGUCAGGACAUGGACAACCUGAGGAGAACCAUGGAGCAGUUCACACAGUCUCAGGAGCAGAUCGUGGAGGAGAGGGAGCGGGUGAACACCACCAUGUUGACUCUGGAGGAGGAGCUGGAGAGCUACAGGGAUGAGAGGGAUCAGUGGAAGACGGAGGUGGACGUCACCACGCAGGAGCUCAACCACACCAGAGAAGACAGGAGCACGGAGCCUGUCAGCAGUUCAACGCUGUUGAAAUCCCAUUUGGAGAGAGAGGAAUUUGAGAGGAAGAUUAAGGAUCUGGAGGAUUCUCUGCUGGUGAUGAAGAAACAAGUGCCUGCGUCUGAUGAUAACCAUUCUUUAGCAGAGGAGCUUCAGCGUUGCCAUGACAAUCUACAGCGGACUCGCGCCGAUCUGGACAAACAGUCGGGCGAGUUACAGGAGAAGAGCAAAGCUUUUGAAGCCCUGAAAAAAGCCAGCGCAGCGAAAGAGACCGAGCUUGAGUCCGAAAUCAACCAACUGAAGGAGCGGUCGCAGAGAGACAAGGCCGAGCUGGAAAAGGCACUGGAGAAGGCAAAGGAGGUGCAGCAGCAGGAGUCCAAGACAUCAGCAGAAUCUACAGGAAAGACCGUGGUGGAUCAUGGGAAAGGUCUGGAGCUGCAGGAAGCAAACGCUCGCCUCAGGGACAGACUGUCCCGCAUGACGAGGCUUCACUCCAGUGUUCCUCGGAGCUCUGAGACCGAGGAGGUGGUGGAAGCUCUGCAGGACGAGAACCGCUCCCUCAAGUCUCAGCUGGAGGAGGCCAAGAGAGGAGUCUCCCGUCUGACCAAGGAGAAGGAUGAGCUCGCCCGGCGGCUGGAGGAGAGAGACCUGGAGAGGGAAGCGCUGCGGCGAGGCAAGAGCGAGCUGGAGGAGCAGAAGAGGCUGCUGGACCGAGCUCUGGAGAAGAUCAGCAAAGAGAUGGAGAUGAUGAUGGAAGAUUCCCGUCAGUCCGUGACCUCACUGCACACACAGCUCGAUGACUUCAGGGAGCGAUCCAGGAAGGAACUGCUGGAGGCACAGCGUAACAGCAAAGACAGACUGGCUGAGCUGCAGCGAGCCCAGAGCAACCUGAAGGCCCAGCAAGAUGAGGUUUCCCGUCUGAAGAAGGAGCUGCUGUUGUGCGGCGAGGAGCGAGACAGCGCUCAGCUGGAGAGAGACCUCUUCACCAACCGUCUCAAACACCUGGAGAGUGAAAUAGAGACGGAGAAGAACAACCACACAGAUCGCUCCAGGGAGAUCCGGGUCCUGGAGGAUAAAGUUAAGACCCUGGAGAUUGAGCUGGAUGAAGAGAGGACCGGUGUGGAGCUUCUGAACGACCGUAUCGCACGAAACAGAGACCAGGUGGAUCAGCUUCGUUCAGAUCUGAUGCAGGAGCGUUCAGCCAGACACGACCUGGAGAUGGACAAGAGUGCACUGGAGAGACAAGUGAAGGAGCUGAAGUCUCGAAUGGCAGACAUGGAAGGACAGCCUCGACCCACAAUCGGACUCUCACUGCUGGAGAACAAGAUUCAAGAGUUGGAGGAGAGACUUCACAGUGAAGAAAGAGAGAAAGCCAGUAUCCAGGCGUCUCACCGACGAAAUGAGAGGAAACUAAAGGAACUGAACGCCACCUUGGACCAGGAGAGGAGUCAACACGUGGAGCAGAGAGACCAGCUGUCUCUGCGUGUAAAGGCCUUGAAGCGGCAGGUGGACGAGAGCGAGCUGGAGGUGGAGCGUCUAGAGGGGGUCCGACGUAAAGUCCUCAGAGACCUGGAGGAGCAGCAGGAGCUGCAGGAGGCGCUGCAGGCCAAAGUCACAGCACUGGAGAGUGAACUCAAGAGGAAGUCUCAGCACACACACCGCUCAGCUCUGGGCUCCUCCAACCUCAGCUCGGAGGACGAGGACAGUUUCUACGACUCCAGCAUCUCCUCCAUCCUGCACGAGAGCCACCUGCAGAACUCCAGCUGCUAGACGAAGAAGACAACAGCUGCAGUGAGAGGCCAAACACACUCUUAGUUACAAAAGAGAAAUAAGAUUUGCCCCACUGAGCAGUAACUCAGUGCAUCAAGGCUCCACUCAUGCGAAGAUCUCCUGUGGUGCCGUUGCUUUCCCCAGCAAGAGUUUUAUUUUUAGUGCAGCAGUCCAACCAUGACAGGUUGUCAAAGAUAAUUAGGCGAUCACUUCUUUAAUCUGUCACGACAUCCACUGUUUAUCACGAUGAAGAGAUGAAUUGCAAUCAGAAAUGGACGAUUUAACUGGACAUAUUUCUGUUUAAAGCCGGUCUUAACAAAAGCUCUGUGCUGUUUUUGUUUUUGUUUUCUGGAUGUGGACCAUAAUAAACUGUGGAAUCAGUACUGUAGCAUGUCACGUGAUCAGGAGUCAUAUUGUAGAAUAUUUUGUGAUUGAAAAUCUGCUUUAAGCCAAACAUUUUUCUUAAUUUGUGUUUUGUCUUCGUGCCUCAGAGAGGGUGUAAAAGACACAGAUUUAGCCAGAAAGAAAGAAAGAAAGAUGGAGGUUGAUUGAAAGCACUAGUUGUGGAUGUAGCUUAAUAUAAAUGGAUGUCAUUCUGAGCAAACUGGACAGCGGGUCACACAUAUACACACACAAGGUCACAAGGACCCGUUAGUAUGUGCUACGACAAUCAGACAUUACUACACUGACACUGUGGAUCUAUGGAGAUACAUUUGAAGCUAGUAUCUACCACAUGUACAUCUAAUGCUGGUGUAGUUUGAGAAUCACGGCUGUUUUCUUCUCACACCUAUGUUACAGGAGGCCUGCUUCACGGCCUGUUACUGAAGGCUCAAAAAUCUAGAUGGAAAACUAGAAUUUUCUUUCAAAAUGCCUUAACGGUCACUUUUCUAUUUUAACAGUGUCAUUGCUGGCUUCUUGUUUUUGUGCAGCUGUUUUUUUCAUGUUUUUUUAAAGUAUUCAUCGUGCGUGAUGUUGCCUGUGCAUGUGUUUUUGUGCAUUCCUUUUCCUCGUAUCUGGAAGUGUUCCACAGUUUUCCUGAGCUGCACCUGGCUGUUAAUGAGCGUCGAUUAUAAUCCGUAAAAUGUUGAAGGUAUUUAAAACAUGAAACUUGGAAUAUUUUUAAUCGUGUAUAUGUUCAAACAAGAAAGAUAUAUAUUUGGUGGUAAAAAAAAUAAGGAAAAUCUUGUGAGGUUGAGCAUGUAUAUAUUAAAGAUAGAGGAAUAUUGAAAAAAUAUUAAAAACCAAUGACAGACACA